AUGAGUGAACACACAAAAAAUGAUACAUACCAAAAUAUAAAUAAAUAUGUGAACUUAAUUGAAGAUUCUUAUAUAAAUUUCAACGCAAAUAUACACACAAAUCCGGAUACAAAUAAAAGGAAAGAAAAUGAUGAUACUCUCGAAAAUUUAAAUAAUAAUGAUGAUGAUAAUGAUAAUAAUGAUAAUGAUAAUAAUAAUGAUGACAAUUAUAGUAGUUCUAACAUUUCAUCAGACAAUAAUGAUAAGAAUGUAAAUGACAAUGUCGAAAAUAACAACAAUACUAACAAAGGUAAAAAAAAAAAAAAAAAUUUAGAAAAAUAUAAAGCUUUAAAAAAAGAUAACGAUAUUAAAUUAGCAAUAAAAGUUUCUCUUCAAUAUUUGCUAAAAAACCAACCCUUUCCUGUUAAAAGAGAUGAUCUACUUUCAGUUGUAAAUAAUUAUGUACCAAAUUGUAAUAGUAAUAUAAAAAGGAAAGUACUUUUGAAAUUAUUAAAAAAAUAUGUAAAAGAAAUUCUUGCUUUAAAAUUAUUAACCUUAACAAGUAAUACAAAAACAGAAUAUGUAUUAUCACAAAAUAUUUUAUAUAAACAACAUAAUGAUUUUUUAUAUUCAAAACUUGAUCAUAAUAUUAGAGGUUUUAUAAUAUUUUUAAUUCCUUUCUUUAAAAUAUUUCAUAAUAAACUACCUUUAAAUUAUUUGUUAAAUGAAUUAGAUAAUCUUGGAUAUAAAACUUCGAAAUCCAAAGAAGAAAUCUUAAAAAUUAUGAAUGCACAAAAUCUUUUUACAAAUAUUGUAAACAAUAUUAAUUUAAGUAAAGAAAUUAUUGACCCAAUAGAUUAUAUUAUUUAUUCUAAAAAAUUAUCAUAUAUCGAUUUUGCUAAUGAUCAAUAUGAUGAAUAUUCUCUUGAUGGGUUUUAUUGUAUACCUACAUUAAGAUUUGAAUAUGAAGUUAAUACUAAAUAUUAUAUAAAUGAAUUAUUAGAUAUUUCAAAUAAGCAUUAUCAAUUAAAAGAUUUAUAUGUAAUUUUUGAGGAUAACCAUUUUGUUAAUUUAAAUUAUAAUAAUAUAUAA